UCUAGAAGAUGAGCGUUUAAAAAUCAAUGAUGAGUCUGAGGAAACGAGAAAAUACUUGCGAGUUCACAAAACUCAUCGGGAAACUAAGCGAAUCAAUUAUGAAGGAAAUGGUUCUCGCCCAUUCUUCUUAUGCUCGCGCGGCAGGGAUACAAAGUGAAAUCAACAAAGUUACAGUGACACGUGUAGCCGGAAGUGAAGUAGAAUACCAACGUCAGAUGAACCUGCAUCGAAAGAACAUGGAAUUCGUUAUAAGAAAUAUCCGAAAAGAACAAACUAAACUAAAAAGGUCUAUUGAAAAAUAUUCUACCAAACUUCGCGAUGGAAAACGUGAAAGAGAAAAAAGAGAACGAGAGGAAAGAAUAAGAGACCAAAAAAGCUUAGAAAACAUGAGCAAGGUUUCUGCCAUCUUCGUUUUACGGGAAACGCCUGUUCUUCCAAGCAUCAGGAAAAGAGAUUCCGAGACCGACAAUAUUUCCCCUGACAGUGGGAUCGGUGAUAGUGAGGAUGGUAGGCCGCUAGAAAAGGAAGAUAAAAGAGAGAAUAUAAGUGAAGUUUCUGUGAAAAGAAAAGAACGCACUGAUUUACAACUGCCCUCUCACGGUGUUCCUCUGCCCUCCAUCAUGGAAGGCAAUGAGUUAGGCGAGGACAAUGAAGAUGAGUCAGAAGGACAAAAAGAUAUCAAAGAGGAUUACAAUCUUCCGGAGAUCUCUGUAAACAAUGACUUUGAAACUAAAUUAAAUAACCACCUGAGAACUAUAAAACCUAAGAAACAGGGAGUAUCAUUUUCAGAUCUAAUAAAAUUACAACAUUCAACAAAUACAAAGAAACUUUUUAAUCUUGUGAAUAUAUUGGCACAGAAACAUGGCCUUAAGGACGUUGAUGACAAACAAGAGAAAGAAAACCGAAAUUCAAGCAUUCUUAGAGGAAGCACAGACGAAUCAAUAUCACUGAAGGCAGCCUCUGUGUUGUAUCCAAUGAAAUACGGUUAUGAUUCUGGAACCGAAUCUGAAAUGUCGAUUCCGAUGAUCGAAACGGACAGACAAUCCUUGUUUGAGGGAACUGUUGAUCAACAGGAAAGUAAUCGCGAUCCUUCUAGUGCAAAUAUUAUUCAAAGGUUAGCGAACUCCCCAGAAAAGUCUGAAUUCUCUCUGUCACCAGUACGAGUCCGGGAACCAAGUGUUUUAUCGCCCUCAGGUAAACAAAAAAAGCGAAACAAAAGUCUUCCAAUGUUGAUGGACGAAGCACAAACUUUGAAAUUCACACAUAGCCUUAGUGUCUCUGACGAACCAAAAAGAGGAUUGUCUCUAGUCAAGUCUCCAAAGCCAAGAAUUUUACCCCCAAUUCAAAAACAGAAAUCUGAGGAAACUUACCUAACAAGAUCCCAAAGAAGCAACUCAAUAUCCUGGACUGAGGCCUUUGGGUUGCUGAAGGGUGUCCAUAGCAUAAUCGAUUAAUGACAGUAGACAUGUUUUGUACUAAAUGAUUGGUGCUACAUAGAAUCUAGAUACUUCAUAUAUAAGCCUAUAAUAAAAUAAAUGGUUAAUCCGA